AGGGCUUUGUAAGAAAGCCGGGGGGGGGAAUUCUCAGCAUGGCGGCAUCCAUGUGGGGAGCCGAAUAAAACGGGGACAGCUCCAGCAGAGAGACAGACAGACAGACGGAGACAGACAGACAGACAGACAGACGGAGUCGGUUGGAUAUUUAGUUCUGGUCGAUUAGGUCCUAUUGUUGGUUUCGUAGGUCAUAAUAUAGAAACGAUCAAAUUAUUUCAAACGUCAGCCACCUUUUGGUGGAUGGAACCAUUUUUCGGCGACAUUUCCACAGCGACUCAUCCAGUAAAACGUCCGCUGGAUCGGUCCGAAGCGUUGUGCUGUACGCUCCUCUAUGCAUGGACACGCCCACAGGUAACCAGGUGAUGAGCGUGAUCGGCUGCAGAGGCGUUCAUACGUUUAUAUCUUCAGCUUUUAUUGUGCUGCCUCAUCUGAAUUUUAGUUUGACAGCAACGAUGUUGUUUUUUAUAUUUUAACUCGCCCACAAAGACCCAAACAUGGAUCAGGGGACUUCCUGUUUUCCCAAUCCGAGCUGCGCCGAAGGCCUCCUGUUUUUGUCGUCCCAUCACGGCGCACCAACCGUUUGUCCGGCUCGUCCAAUCACAGCGCAGCUUUUUAGCCGGCAUCCUGUGUUUGUUUGUGUCCUCAGAGCACCACAGACAGCUCGUCCAACUCCUCCCAGAAACUGGAGCCGCCGGAGCCCUCGCCCCCUCCACAGAGACACCGGUGCAUGCAGGGACAUCGCCACGACCUCCACGACCCCUACCAGCUGUCGGACCCCUACGUCCCGGACCAGCCGCUGUCUCGGCGUCCUCGCCAAGUCACCUUUCACGAAGACGAUGAAAUCGUCCGCAUCAACCCCCGGGAGCGCAGCUGGGAGCGGACCGCCGAGCGCCACUACGGGCACCCGUCGCACCGCCCUUUGCUCAAAGGCUACGAGGACUACCGGCACGCCACCGUGCGCGACAAGUUCAUCCAGGCGGACGACUCCGAGUCCUACGUCCACUUCGCCAAGACGGAGGCGCGGAAGCACGACUACACCUACCCGCUGGCGCCGGCCCUCUCGCCCUCGGACUCCGACCCCGCCCUCGGCCCUCUGGACAACAAGGGCCACGGCGGCGCCUACCGGCAGGGCGUCCCCGCGUGCGUGGUGUCCGCCCAGCCCCGCUCCUUCCUGCCAAGCUCCUCCCACUCCGCAAACGGCGGCAAGGGGCGGAAGGACGAGCCGGAGCGCGCCCAGUGCGAGCACUGCGGCGAGGCCUUUUACGUGGCCGCCAACCGGAGGGGGCGGUGCCACGACGCGCCGGACCCCGUGGGGGCCUGCGUCCGCAGGGUCAGCUGCAUGUGGCUGGCGGACACCAUGCUCUACCACUGCAUGUCCGACCCGGAGGGGGACUACUCGGACCCCUGCUCCUGCGACAGGGGCGAGGGCGGUGGCGGAGGGGGAGGGGGGGGAGGCGGCGGCGGCGGCCGGUUGGGCUCGCGCUGGCUGGCUCUGCUCGGCUUGUCUCUGGUGGCGCCCUGCCUCUGCCUCUACCCGCCCCUGCACGCCUGCCACCGGGCGGCGCUCCGCUGCGGCUGCUGCGGGGGGCGGCACAAAGCGCUGAGCUGAGCGGGACAAAGACACACAACCCAACGCAAGCACAGGGAAAGGGAAGGACGGGGGGACGGGGGGACGGGGGUUCUCUGGGAUUCUCUACCAAUUCCAGACACUGAAAUAAGCCAAAAUGGAUUAACAGUUGGUGCAUUUGGUGAGCGGCCGGGGAAGAUAAGCUCUCCUCGCGGCAGACGCUUCUCUCUUUUUCACUCUAUAGCUGACCUAUAUGUCAUGUAUCACAUAUGCAGGUACUUUAUACUUUGUACACUGAUAUCGGCGUCAAAGAACUUGAAUUGUUUCUUUGUUCUGUUUUGUUCUUCUUUUGAUGUAAGCGAGGGCCAUUUUGUGUUUGUAUUCUACUCCAACAUCAGGCCCGCUGAGCUCAACGCCAGCUGCAGAGAACCAGACACUAAACUUCUUUACGUGUGUGUGUAGUGUGUGUGUGUGCGUGUGGAUGGUAUGUGUGUGUGCGCUGAGGCCUCUCAUUGUGUGCGCUGCUGCUGAUGGUCGACACACAACCGUGGUACUCAUCUUAAUCUAAUAUCCCAAAGAUUCCUGUUUUUAUUACUCGUUUUCUCACUGAAUUGAUCCACCAGCAGGAGGAGAGGGUCCUGCCCCCCCCCCCCCCGUUCUCUCAUCAGUGCCUCGACUCUUUGGGGGCUUGUUCUACUCGACCGUCACCCAAAAGUGUUCUAAAGGUCACUGAAAUCCACCGGAAAGCCGCUAAACCUCGGUGCCCCUUUAUGCCUUAAAACGUGGAGUCCGGCCGCCAUCUUCGCCCCCCGAAGACGUCGCCGCGGCGAGAAGACUUUCGGAGGUUUUCAACUCUUUCCGUGAUGAAGAGUGCGUGAAGUCCAGUUUGUUUGCGAUGUACAAUCAGCGCCUCAGAGCAGCGUCCUCCGGUAGCAACGUCCAGUCCAACAGACGCGUUAAAUUAUAUAAAAAGUCUUCAGAAUCUCUUUUCUAGUUAAAAUGUGUAUAAAAAGAUUUCUUUUACCAAACGAAUCAGUUUUCAACGUUGUCUUAUCUUUUUUUCUUGAGUGGUAACAGGAAUAAUCUGUUCCCACAGUUCAAUGAGAGACACUUAGCUUAGCUAGCUUAGCAUAAACACCAGAAAUCCGCCAUGGCUCCGUCCAACUGUGACAAAAUCCACAUGCUGGUGCUUCUUGAACGCGUUACAUCUGUGUACCAGGUGCUCAUGGGUCCUGCUACACGCUGCUCGUUUGCCAAAGGAAAGAAAAGUGAAUAUUUUAACCAAAAAAAGUCUUUCACAAUGCUAAUAGCUGGAGCUAAAAGCUCAAGCCGACGCUAAUAUCUGAUGCUAGCUGCUGGAACAAUCAUCACCCUGCGAGGAUUCAGGUCUAGCUAGCUACAAUAUACAAAAUCUAGAUUAGCAUUAUGCUAAGCUGAGUUUAGCGUCAUCCCACCUGCGCGUCGGCAGCAGUGGGCCAACCACACCUUUGACCUCCGUCUGCGUGGUCGGGCCGCGGCGAACUUUGAAGCAUUAAUAGAACAAACAUCCGGGAAGCGCUGAGGUCCCGCUGGAGACAAACGUCCACCGCUGCCAAGAAAUGUCUCCGACUGUAGUGGAAACGCAGAGUGCCUGAGGAUGUCUGUCGCACACAUCCUGUCCUCUGUACCAGUGUGUGUGUGUGUGUGUGUGUGUGUGUGUGUGUGUGUGUUUAUCCCACGUCCCUCUCCUGCUCCUCCAUGUGGAGCUACUGGGAUCAUCUGAAUGUACCGACACCUACCCAGUAUAAUCAGAUCUUCAGAUGGUCCCACGCAUCGGGGACGGGACCAAUCCGAUUGGGAGGAGUCACACACACCUGCCACAGCUCAUUUUGUGUGUGUGUGUGUGUGUGUGUGUGUGUCGUGUUGCGUCUGAGUGUGUUCUCUCAUGUCCGAGCCAUUAACAAGUGCCUGAACGCAUCCUGUUUAUCUCCUAUUUGAAUUGAAAAAUUUAAGACAAAUCCCUGUACUGAAUUAGACCCAUUUUUUUACGCUUAGUAUUUUUACCUCUGUAAAAAAAGAGCAGAUAUUAUAUAUAUAUAUAUAUAUCAAGUGUAUGUUGUACAUUUUUAUUUGUAUUUUUUUUUUAAAUGACUGUUUCUAACAUGUACGAUGGAUGUAGCUUCCGAGGAGGAACAGGAAGUACUUUGUACCGAAGGGGGAAGCAGGUGUGUGAGAGAAUAAGGUGAAGUGUGCGUCUUCCCUUCGGCCUCCAAUAAAACGAGAGAAAACAGUGAAA